UUGGCUGGAGCAGGGCGGCAGGGUGCGGCAGCCAAUCAGCGCGCGGCUUCUAUAGGGCUUGAGUUAUUAGACGCUGAUCUCAAAACAUCCUUCAUCAGACUCCAAGGAGAGGCCAACAGAUGAGGGAGCCAUUUUUCUGCAAUGGAAUUAAAUGGCCAAGUGGGUUUUUCCUUUGUUGCAAAUGGGGAAUGCUUUUCCUUUGACUCCACCAUCCAGUUCAGGACGCCUGAAUGUGUUUAACAUUUGCCAAAGGACUCACACUUGGAAGAAUGAAGAAGACCUUUUAAAAAGAUCUGGAUUUUUCCUUAUGACUUGGAAUCCAUCUUUGUCUUGUAUAACUAGGUCAUAGCACACUAUUAAUGUCAGCAGUUAACAGUUUUGAAUUCAAAAAAACCUAAAGCACUAAACAGCCCUCAGCGAAGCCGCCUUUAUGCCAGCCAAACCCUGGAAAGUUUGCAGUCGUGGAAGGAGCAGAAAUACCACGAGUGUAACUUACAAAGAAGGUAACAACAAAGGGAUACCAGAACCCCAGAUUUCCCCCCAACUAAACAACCAAACAUCCCCCCCCCAAAAAAAAGACCUGUUAUUUUUAUAAUAUCUCCACAAACACCGGCCAGCUUUUUCUUCUAGACUCCAUGGCGCCGGGCUGAGUGGGUCUGCACCUUAGUGGCAAAGAAGAAAUCGAAGUGUUUUGGAGAUGGAGGGGCUGAAAAAAGCGAGGAAACCUUCCCACCCAUCCUAAAGUCUCGUUCCCGAUUGAUUGUGGGGGUUUCUGCCCCCCGGAAGCCAGCUUUUCGGGGCUCCGGGGCUCGCCUGCUCUUCCAAAGAGAAAAAGGACAAAAGGCCGGCGUCCAUGUUGGCAUCAUGACGCAGCAUCUCUCUCCCGCCUGCAGCCUGGCGCUGCUUGUCCUCCGGGCCGCGCUCGCUCCUCCCUCCCAAACACGAGUUUUAUUUUCAGACAAUCCUUGCUUCCUCUGGACAUCUGGAGCAGGCCCAAUUUGACUGACAGCCUUCCCCACUAAGGAAUUCCUGGACAAUGGAGAGUGCCCCAGGCCCCCUGAACAUCUUGCUGAUGAGGGAGUAAAGCCACCCUGGGUGGAAGUGAAUUCUCCCCUUGGCAAACUGCAGCCAGCCAGCCUCCUGGGUCGAGAGCCAAGCCAAAAGAUGUCUGAGAGAAGAAACCUGGUGUCCUGCAAAGCCCUCCUCCCCCCUACCCCCUUCAGCCAGCACUUAGGCCCUCCUGAUUUAGCCCGUUACCUUGACAACCACUUGGGCCUGUCUCCCUCAUCACCACUGAAAACCUGAAGGUGGUUUUCCAGCUGCGGUACAUUUGCCCAAGUUGGGCAUCCCUCCACCUUCUAUUGGCUCGUCCUCUAUACAGCUGUACCCAGUAUAACAACCUUCCCGGCCCCUCAGCUGUAGUCUCGAAAUUGAUCUCACUGGUCCCCGGAACUCCGUCAACACUGCCUCCUCUAGACUGAGCUCCUCACAGGCAGGAACAUGGUUUUUUCUCAAUAAACAAGUUGCAAAAAAAGAAAAAAAAAGGAACGAGUGAGUUGCUGAACAUUUGUCUAUGGGCGGUUGAUCCAGUGACAAGAGGGGCUUCUGCUUCUCCCUAACAGCUGGAGAUUGGUUCAGGUUUCCCCCCACCCUGUUGUCUUUUGAGUUUUCACGGGCGGUCGCUGCUGCCCUCUGGUGGUGGAGCCGUUGUAUUGCGUCUCCUGGCGCAGUGGGGGAGGGGGCGGGGAAACAAGGAGUGAGGUUGGUAGUUACUCCACAGAGUAAAAUUUUCUUGAUGUUUGCUGAGAACUUGAAAAUCGAGACUCUCCGUUGUGAGGCCCAGGACAAGAACCUUGCCAACACUGCUUUGAAGAAAUGAACUCCCGCUAGUAGGAUUAUAUUCACUCUCAGGAUCUGCCUACUGCUGGCAGUCUCCUGGGGUCCUACCGCUUGACCACUGGCCUGGUUUUGGAGGUGGACCCGCGGCACACAGUAACAGGAAAAGGAUGGGUCGCAGUGACAUGAGCCAACUGUACUGCUAGUGAUACUCGGAGUACCAGCAAUUUGAAUGGGGAUGAGAGUGGAGCUCCUGGGGUGAAAGACGGGACACCAGAACACUUAUUGGUAGCGACAAGGAUAUCCGUUUCCAAAGUUUACGGAAGGGCCAGAUAUUCUCAACUAGGGCUCUCGGCUUGUCACAUUUGCGACGUGUCAUGUUUGGGGUCACCCUUUGAGCCAAGUAUCUUGAGUCCGCUCUAAAAACAGGCUGUUGUCGAAGGCAUUCGCCGGCAGGGGGCGCCAUGGCUCCACAGUGCGGGCCAACGGAAUGGGUGGGGAGGUUAGGUGGGCAGAAUUCCUGCAUUUGCACACCGGCUAGGGCCAGGGUCAGACUAUGUGGACACACACAACCCACCUUUUGGCAUCUUCUCCGAGAAUGACCGCGGCUACAACCUGUGGGAAGAUAGGCUGUGUCAGCCGACUAGCAGCUAGGGCUGGAUGCGAACCCCGGUGCUAGGAUACAGCCCGCCAAUCAACGCAUUCCCUGUGGGGGUGGGACCGGCCAAUCAAAGGGUCCUUGCUAGAAGGCGGAGCCUGCCAACUAAAGGCUGUCCCUGUGAAGAGGCAGAAACCACGAAUCUACUAAGCAGGGGGUGGGGGUGCAGGGACGCGGGUGAUGGGGAUGCACCGCGGUUGCGGUUCAGCAUCCAUUUCUUCAGGUUUUUCAUUUCCCCUGGGACUGCAAGACAAAUACCCGGGGUCCCCGGACCAUAGCCGAGGAGAAUUAAGACAGGGAGGUGAACCUGGGAGGCUGCCUGGCAGAGGUGGCGCCAGCUGCCCGUGGGUGGAGCCUCGUAGCCCUGCCCUGUAACCCCGCCCCUGCCCUGUCGCUCAACUGGGCUCUAGCCAGCGCGCAGCAUCCAGCGCUGCGGGCUCCGGGCUCCGGGCUAUGGACGCCCCGGGUGCUCCGGCCCCAGCCGCCGCCCCCAGCUCGGCGAGGAAGGAGCUGAAGAUAGUGAUCGUAGGUGACGGCGGCUGCGGCAAGACGUCCCUGCUAAUGGUGUACUGCCAAGGCUCAUUUCCCGAGCACUACGCCCCGUCGGUGUUUGAGAAGUACACGGCUAGUGUGACAGUGGGUAACAAGGAGGUGACCCUGAACCUCUACGACACGGCUGGGCAGGAAGACUACGAUCGGCUGCGGCCCCUGUCCUACCAGAACACACACCUCGUCCUCAUCUGCUACGAUGUCAUGAACCCCACCAGUUACGACAAUGUCCUCAUCAAGUGGUUCCCCGAAGUCACACAUUUCUGCCGAGGGAUCCCCACGGUGCUCAUCGGCUGCAAGACAGACCUGAGGAAGGACAAGGAGCAGUUGCGGAAACUUAGGGCAGCUCAGCUGGAGCCUAUUACCUACACACAGGGCCUGAAUGCCUGUGAACAGAUGCGAGGCGCACUCUAUCUAGAAUGUUCUGCCAAGUUUCGGGAGAAUGUGGAAGAUGUCUUCAGGGAAGCCGCCAAGGUGGCCCUCAGCGCCCUGAAGAAAGCGCAGAGACAGAAAAAACACAGGAUCUGCCUGCUGCUGUGACCCUGGGUACAGAGGGCCUGACUGGAACUAUUACAGCCAGGGACCCAGGCCCAGUGGGUCUUACAGUGUCUGGCAUCUGGGAACUCUCGGAACAUUCUGGAAUGGCCCCUUUGGGUUCAUGCUGUAGUGCACUAGUGAGUGAAUGAGGGUGCCAGACCCACCAAUGUUCCUCUACCCCACGACUGGCACUUGUCCCAGGCCACAGGAGGGUCCUUGUCACAGCUCCUCUGUCCCCAGUCAUGCGUGUCUCUCCCUUUCCAAACCCAAUUCAUGCCUGAAACUCAGAACUGGCACUGGGAAUUGUGGGUAAGCACGGGUACACAACACUGUUCACGAGAGUCCCAAGCCCACUGUUUCUGUCACGGUCUCCCUGAGCUCCGGCGAUAGGCUCGGCUACAUCCUCCAGCCCCUUCCUGCUUCCCCUCAGGAACCCGGGGACCACAGCCUAUCAGGAGAACACAGGCAUCAAGCCGGACAUGGGUCUGGCACCAGCUUCUCCCUUCCUACCACACCGAGGACUUCUGUCUCGGGCUUGGUCACAGCCUGAGAUGCAUGUUCAGAGGGAGAAGAAACAAUCUCUCGAAACAUCAAAAUAUACUCGGGCCAGCCAGGCCACUCAUCUGACCCCUGCUCCAGGUCUGACCUCCAACUCCCCAGCCGACGUCUCCUGGAAACUCCUGAUUGUUGGGUUCAUCCCACCAUUAGGGACCUUAGGCAAAUGGGCUCUCCCUAGACUAUGGCCUACCUGAAAAUGGGUCAUUAGUCAGUCAAGCUCCUCACCGGUCCACUCAGUUUCUACUGGAUGUGGAGCUCAAAAGUAGCCUACCUCUGCCUCACUCCAGAACUGACAUGGCCACCCCUGCCCACGCUGGACAAUUUCUCAGAACUAGCCUGCUGACUGUCUCUGACAGCCAAAGUCUUGAGUCCUGACACUCUUCCUGGACGUCACAACAUCAGUACCUACCUGGUAUACCAGGUAGGUUUAGCGCCUCCAAGAUGAAGGCACGGUCCGAGAAGAAACCAUGGCCUUGGCUGGCCCCUGCCCCAGCACCAUUUGACUUGGUCCCCUUCCCCAAAUGCUCCAAGCCCCUGCUGUCCCCUGUGGAGCCAAACAAGGACCUCUUGUUCUCUCAGAAUCCAAGGCCUUGUGAACAGAUACAACCGUGGGAUACAACCGUGGUCAGCAACCCACAGCCUGUGAGUCACAUGUGGCUGGCUGCCUGGUUUUGUAAAUAAAGUUUUAUUGAAUAGCCA